UGGUGUGGAGUCGUGGUCCAGGCCGUUGAGAUGAAGUCCGUUGGCCGGUUUCGGUGCUCGAAAUUGCCCGAUGAUCUGCUGCUGCGUCUAUGGACUCUACAGUGUGCAUCGAUUGGUAGACUGUGAUACAGACCUAUACAGUGAACAGGCUGCCAGAUUCGAGUGCUCGAGACUCAGGCUCAGAUAUAGAUAUCCUGCGUUCUAGCAUCUGAAAUGAUCCAAGUCAAGCAGAUGUUCGCAGCCAUAGAGCCGGCAGAACCAAUCCAGUAGCUCUCGCUGAACAGCGGUCCUCCAAGAGACAGACUGCCAAAUCUGAUAGUCAGAUGCUGCUCCUUUGUACAUUCAAGACGAUAACAUGCCGAUAAAAGGCAUACAUAGCUGAGCUUGGCCAUGAGCGAUUCCGCUUUAGUACGCGGCUUUAGCCUGCAUCUCAUGGCGACGACUUGUUCAGAUGGGCCACCUGCUCCAUCGGCCAAACCGAGAAUCGACAACGCAAACAGCGCCAGACACACAACCGCGACCUCCAGCUGCACGCGAGCCUGCGGGCCUUGAGCUGUCCUGGGUGAUGGUUCGCACGACAGGUCUGAGUCUGACGCGCUGUAUCCGUAUAAAUCCAAGAGACUGCUGCACAGCGAAUCGGCGUACCUUUCACGACUACUAUACACCGCGUGACCGGCCGGAAGUACGAAUUCCUAUCGCCAAAGCCAAAGCGCACUGCGGCUUAUACUCAUCGCGUGGCGAUCGGCCUACCAAUGAAGAUAGGCUACGUGUUGGCACACUCAACAAACUUGUCAAUAAAUCCACAACAGAGGAUAAGACGAUGUUUUACUUUGCCGUGAUUGAUGGGCAUGGUGGACAGACGUGCUCAGAGUGGCUCAAGGAGAACUUGCAUGAUCAUAUUGAAGGGGUCCGGUCAAGAGAAAUUGCCAAGAUGGUGACAGCAUGGCGGAAGGAGGUGGGUGGGUACUUUGCAAGGUUCAGGCCGCAAGUUCUGCAAGAUUACAUCGGCGGCCUUGAUCCAGACAACACAGACCAGCUAUCCCUUGAAGCUCGACUGACUGCUGCUUUUCUGAGCGCAGAUUUGCACUACAUCCGCGAGAAUGCGGAAGCUGGCGCUGUUGCGUCGAUUGCGUUGAUUCAAUCGCAUGAUGAUCAGCCCUUUUGGAAUUCCAGCACGUACACCAUCACGUCAGCGCAUGUGGGCGAUACACGCAUCUUGCUGUGUUCAACAGAAAAGGGCGGUCUGUCAGAAGUCCUGACAACGAACCAUCAUCCUUCUUCCCCGGCAGAGCUCGAACGGCUUCGACGCUUCACGACGCGCUUCACAACUGAUUCCUUUGGGACUGAACGCUUUGGUCAAUUUGCCAAUACGCGAGCCUUUGGUGAUGCCAAGAUGAAGAAAGUUGGAGUCAGUGCAGAGCCGCAAUUGGCAGUUGUUGAUUGUCAUGCAGAGAGCUAUGCGUUCAUGGUGAUGUGUACGGAUGGUGUGACGGAUGUUUUGAGCGAUCAGGAGAUCAUUGAUGUGGUCAAGACAUUUGAUACGGAUACACCUGCUCGUGCAGCUGAAGAACUCGUCCUACUAGCGCAGCAUUUGGGAACGGAUGAUAAUGCGAGCUGCUGCGUUGUUCGGCUGCCUGCGUGGGAGGCGGAUUUCAGUCGGGUGGACUAUACAAAGGACCUGCGCAAGUACAGGCUGGAGAAUGCCAAUGUACGGGAUCGUCGUACAUGAGAGGUCCUUCUCAUUUUAUAAAAAGAACAUGUACAAUAUCACCAAGGUUAAAGGCAGGAUUAUUUGUUUCACUAUGGCAGAUGAGUGUCGAAAACUACUGCUUGUCUGCAAUAGGGACGUCCUUGCCAGUUAUCUUCUUGAAGCCAGAGCGGAUUCCAUCAGAGAUCUUCUCGGUGGUACCUGCGUUGGUCGAGUGUCCGGCCUUCUUGCUCAUAAAAGACACGCCCUUGUCAAGUGCGUCUUGCUGGCCUGCUCCUGCUGGUGCGCCUGGUUGUCCUAGGGGUGCUGACAUGAUGAUAGUUGAAUGGAUUGGAUGUGUAGGGAAGAGGUUUGCAUGACAACAUGGGCUCGCCUUGGCACUUUAUGAAGGCCGCCCACCCCACAGCCAACAUGGGCUACAGCUGCUCGUCG